AAACAUGUCGCUGCUCAAAUCAAGACUCUUCCGAGUAUCUACACAAACAACCAACACCGACAGCCAUGUCAAUAGACAUACAACUCUCUACCCAUCUUCACCAUCUACAACGACCAUACCAUUUCAUUUCAUAGUCCUAAACGUAACCUCAAUCACGAUGCCGGCGCUCCCAAGACCCGAAACCGAUUACGAGCGCUGGAUACGCGACCGCAAUCCCAGUUUCCAGCUCACCGAACCACCGCAGUACGGUCCAGACCCUGAUUCGAGUCAUGAACAUGUUAUCGGAUCUCCUUCCUCCAUGAAGCAUGUCUCAGAGCCACAGCUCAUGCUGUAUGUCAACUCAUCCAGUAUUCUGCUUUAAAUUGCACGGUAUCAAUGACCCACAGGAAAGAUCAGCAUAGUCCUUCUUCUACCGGGAAAACAAGGUUGUUGGCUGAGUAUUCCCGAGCUUGGGAGGUGAUAGUCGAUCUUGUCACAGCCUUAGUGAUCUUGGGGAUUCUUCUCUUUGCAAUCUGGGUUGUGAAAGCGAGGAGAAGAUCUGUUCCGAGAAUACUGGGGAGGGUGUCGAUUCGGGAGAAGAGGAAUGUUUAGUGUGGGUGGUCUUGUCUGGGAUGGGUGACGAUUGGUAUGACUUUUUAUGAUGCGCGGAAAGUCUUGUAUUCUAUUCUUCAGCUUUACUGAUCUGGGGCAUCCGAUGGUGUUGAGAUGUUGUGUUAUGAGAUAAGGCUGAGGGAUCCAUAUUGACUACAGCUCAUUUUCGGAUGUUCGGCCCUCAGGUUGAAUAGGUUUCGUUUAUAUGUCUAUCACUGUUGAUAGAGCUGAUAGGUCACUUUCAAAGAUUGCCACCAUAUGAACGCUAUUGCUGAUGUAACUGCAGGUUCCAUGAUCGCUAUGAUUUAUCGAGUGAGCAUAUUAAAGUCAAGUCAGUGAGCGAGUCCCUCUAAGGGGUCAGAACAGGUAUGAAUAGAAAAGACACAGAAGACAGGGUUGGGUGGGUCAGAAGCAGAAAGAAGAUGGAUAGAAAACCAUAGCAAAUGUUGAGAAGAAACAAUGGAGUGGUUUGUGAUUUGCAGAAGUGGCGGGUAAAUAUAUUUUAUUUAGU